AUGUGCGGUUUUGGUUUCGUGGCUUACGGUUUUGAUUGCUGCCAUCGCUCAAUUGAUUUUUCACUAAACCCCGAAACCGAAAUAAAAGUGAAAUGCAAAGUAUUAAAGGGGGAAGAACUUAAACGCCAAAAUAAACAAUUUGUCAUGCGUGUGCCAGUGUGCCAGUUGGAGUGGACACUGGACUAG